ACAAUGCAGGAACUGCAUACAUGCUCCAUUCAAGGAAGUACAGUUUGACAAGUGCUGAUCUAAGUAAUCUGUUUAUUUUAGGAGAAUGAAUGAUCGAGAGCUUGACCUUACCGAGGCUCAAAAGGCAAUAAAGGCCAAAUAUCCAACGAUCAACAAGAAAUAUGAAUAUCUGGAUCACACUGCAGAUGUCCAGCUGCAUUCCUGGGGUGACUCAUUAGAGGAAGCCUUUGAGCAGUGUGCCAUGGCCAUGUUCGGGUAUAUGACGGAUACGGAGACGGUAGAACCCAUCGAUACUGUAGAAGUCGAAUCAGAAGGUGAAGACAUGGAGUCACUUCUCUUUCAUUUCCUAGAUGACUGGCUCUUCAAGUUCAGCGCUGAUGUCUUUUUCAUCCCUCGGGAGGUGAAAGUCCUACAUUUAGAUCGGAUGCGCUUCAGAAUUCGCUCCAUAGGCUGGGGAGAAGAGUUCAACCUGGCAAAACACCCACAAGGUACAGAAGUGAAAGCUAUCACCUACUCGGCUAUGCAGGUACAUGACGAAGAGAAACCUGAGAUUUUCGUCAUCAUCGACAUAUGAGAAACCCCUUGUGUAUAAAAUGAAGAGAAAAAUCACAGCUUUUUUCCCUUUUUCAUUUUUUUAUUAUUUUUAUUUAAAUCUACACAGUCUACAAAAUGUGUCCCCACUACAGUGCCGUUAUUUAUAGUGACUUUUGUACUGGCUGUUGAAAAUGUAUAGCUUUUUUUUUGUGUGUUUUUCAAAUUUCAAUGAAGAGAGUUUCAAGGAAAUAUUCACAUUAAAAUGCAAACAUUUGUUCAACAAGCAA